CACCCAUCAGCCCUUUUCCUGUAUCGUGAAAGUGUUGUGAAGGUUCACUGUCAGAUUGGCUUUUUCUUCCGGAUGACCGUGAGCCUGUAGCUGGAGACGAGACUGAAGGUGAAGGUGCAACAAGGUGUAGCCACAGAGAUGGCCCUCAGCAAACCCGUCUUGAGCCUGAUGCAGGAUUUAACCUGCUCCAUUUGUCUGUCCCUGUUUGUGGAGCCGGUGCGGCUGGAUUGCGAGCACAACUUCUGCAAAUCCUGCAUCCAGAAGUGCUGGGGGAAGCAGCGCAAAGCGGCGUCCUGCCCGGAAUGUCGAGUGGUUCUCCCCAGGAAUGGUUACAGCAGUAACAGGGUGCUGGCCAAUCUAUGUGAGAAAGCCCGGAAGAUGGAGUUGAACCCCGGUCUGGAGGAAGAGGGCGAGAGGGCCUCGCACUGUACGGAACACGAUGAAAAGCUGAAACUGUUCUGCGAGGACGUCCAGGCUCUGAUCUGUGUCAUUUGCCGAGAUUCACCCGCUCAUUCAGGCCACAGCUUCCUGCCUGUGGCAAAUGCAGUGAGGAAGUACAAGGAUCAGCUGAAAACAUCCUUGGAUUCUAUGGAGAAUAAAAAGGAGAGUAAAAGUGAAUUAAAGCAACAACUGCAGAGGGAUAUUUCUGAACUGCAUAAACUCACUGGAUCCCUGGAGAAAGACAUCUCUGCACAAUUUUUCAAAAUCCAUCAAUAUCUUGAAAACAAAGAGAAACAUUUAAUCGAGGAGCUGAGGAGAAAAAGGGAGGAAGAUCUGCAACCAAUGGAGAGAAAACUAAGAAGAAUCGAAGAGGAACUAUCGUCACUUGAGGAGAAGAUAUCAAACCUUUGUGUAGACGUCAAACAGCAGGAUAAUAUCUCCUUUCUCAAGCAAGUGAAGAGAUGGGUAGAAAGGUAUCCGGCCAACGAGGAGGACAGGGAAGAUGCCGAGAGCAGUGAAGAUGAAGAAGAUAACAAUAAAAGCCAGGAUUCCGAAGAUGAUGAAGCAGAAGGAAGUGAAUGCUCAGCAGGAGAAGGAAAAGAGAUCCUUGCAUUUUUGAGGAGCAAAUACACAGGAUUCCGUGGCCCAUUACUCUACACAGUGUGGAAGCAGAUGAAACAGAUCAUCUCUCCAGCCCCAGCCUCACUGACCUUGGACCCAAACACAGCGCAUCGUAACCUCAUCCUGUCUGAGGACCUGACCAGUGUGAGACACGGUGACACGGAAUUACAGCUUCCCGACAAUCCAGAGAGAUUUGACAGGGCUCCAUGUGUUCUGGGGUCACAGGGAUUCACAACAGGGGAACACUACUGGGAGGUGGAGGUGAGGGAGAAGGCCGAGUGGGACGUGGGUGUGACAAGAGAGUCUGCAAACAGGAAGGGAAAGAUAACACUGGGACCUAGAAGCGGGUACUGGGCUGUGUGGCUAAUAAAUGGGGAUGAGUAUGAAGCCACUGAAAGCUCACUCGUCACCCUGGCUCCGAGUGUGAAGCCUGGGACCAUUGGAGUUUACCUGGACUAUGAAGGAGGACAGGUGAGCUUUUACAAUGCUGAUGAUAUGUCUGUUCUCUACACGUUUAUUGACACAUUCACUGAGAAACUCUUUCCUUAUUUCUGUCCAAAUUUUUUGAAGAGGGUAAAAAUGAUGCUCCUCUUAAACUGUGUCAAUUCAAAUGGUAGAUUUUCUGUCUCUGUGAUAUGGUGCUUAAAGAUGAAGUUCUUCCUGUGACAGUGACUGAGGGUGUAUAACCAGAGGUUGCUAGGCCAAAUCGGUGACUGUGGACAUGUCUGUUUCAUGUCUUUGCACUGUGUAAUUGACAACUGGUGGCGCAGAGACAUUUGGAGGUUAAUAUUACCUUUUCCCCACUGCUCUCCCCACACAUAGCGGGAGAGAAAGGAUUAGCAGAGUGGGGUGGGGGGGGCGGGGUAGGGGGGACAUAAAAUGGAAAGCAAUGAAACAUGACUCCAGCCCUCAGUGUAUACAUUUGUCUGGUGGUGUCUCAUGGGUUUGUCUAUAUCCCCUACUUCUUGGUACUUUUGGGAACCUGAUUGAAACUCUGGCCGGGUGUUAGGCUGGAAACCCAGGAGUUAGGUGGGAACAGUCGAAUCAAGUGGAAUGUGCUUUGCCAGCUCUGCGUUUUCAGCCAAGAGGGUCAGGAAUUUAACCCUGGGAAUGAUCUGCAUUUUUGGAAAAGGGAAUGGAUUUCGAGAUUCUGAAUCUUUCUUUCGUGGUUUUUGAGCAGUCCUAAAUCCUGCAUCAUGUGUUGGUGUUGUUCAGUUGUCAUGUGAAAUUCUGUUAAUAGGUAGUACAUUUUUUUGUUUUUUGCUGACAUUUAUUUCCAAGAGGAACCUCUGUGUUAAAAGGUAACUGUUAAAUGACUUUCCUGUAGUUUUAGCUUGAAUUCCCUCACAUCAAAUCACCCAUAAUUAUAAGAACAAUUAUCAAACGAUGCCCAUCAGAGGGAUUGCAACAACAACAACAAAGAAAUGAAUUAAUUAAGUGUUGGAGGAAGAAAUAAUGCACUGCAACACCUACCUCUCUCUAAUUAUGUUGAGGCUUAAGGUGGAGUCAAGAUGGACAUUGCAUUGUCCUCUCAAACAGACCUGGGCAUGAACAUAGCCCCUGAAGAGGGACAAAGCAGUUGGACAUCACAAGUGGCUACUUUCUUGGAGUUUUAAUAAUUGGAUUGAAAUCAGCAGAAAAAAAUGAGUAAGCUCAGGCCACUUUUGUUGUGACUAACCCCUGUGUACAAAUUACUUCACGCUGGCCGUGCUGUCAAUGAGAAUCAUGAACCCGCUUGUCGGAGGGUUUUCCAAUUUAUUGCUGCUGAGAUAUCAAUCAGCAUCUUUAAAACAUUGAUCAAUUGAUUAAGGAACUGAUAGCUUUCUCUUUCAUUAUUGUUGGAAUUGGUUAAUUGUUUAGCUUGUCAAAUAAAUGAUUUGGUAACAUUAAACUGGUACACAGCACUGA